UAAUACUUGAUUUCAAAGAGAAUUUUCAUCAAACGUUUCAUUUUAUAUCGGUUUAUGAAAGAGUUCAGAUCGAAGAGGAAUUAACGCUUUAAUUAUUAUAUAUAUUUUUUUGAAAUUUAAAGCAAACCUCUUGAAUAUUAUUACAAAGUGAUUUUAGUUAUUAAGUGUUUUAAUUAUUAAUUUUAAUAAAAAUGCAACAAACAAAUUUCGAUACAACGGGAAUUCCCUGUUUAUCACCACCAUCAACUCCUCCGCUCCAGUGUGAUUAUAAUAUGUUAAAAAAAUCAGAGGAACAACAAACUGGAAUUAAACGUAAAAUAGAAACAGCAAAUUUGGGAGUUAUUACACCACAAUCGUCAGACACAGAAAGUUGCGAUGAAGCUGAUUUACCAUUUCGUAAACGUAGUCGCCAUCAUUUUGAAUAUUGUCGUAGUGAAUUGGAACGUUUGUUAACAACACCACCUCCAGAAAAGAUUAAUCAAGAACAAUUUGAGAAUCCUACCCCAGUACGAUAUGUGUCAGUAAUACAGCGUGCAACAAAAGAUGGGGCGUGCAUUUCAUUACCAAUCCCACAAUUUAAAAAUGUUGAGCCAGUACAGCGUAAAAUUGUUGAAGAAACUCCAAACAUAUUAAAAAGUUUGAAGUUUAAAAUGGGCAAUCGUAAAGAAAAUAUUUUUGUUACUACGAAAAAUACGGAUCAUGAAAAAAAACCUAUGAUGACGUCAUCUCCAAACAAGACUGAAAUCAUAAAAUCAUCAACUGAAUCAUCUCCAUCAAUUCCAAAACCAGCAGCAUUAAAUUUACCACCAAUUGCACCAAAGUUAAUGACAGCAACCCCAACUAAUGGUGGUAGCCCUACAUUAUUUUUAACUUCGACUGAAAAUGGAACAACUACUUUUAUUCCCGCACAAAUUGUUCUGUUACCAUCCGCAUCACAUCCAUCAAAUCACCAAAUAAUCGCCGCAACAACACAAGCUACAACCGUACCUACCAUGGUUAACGCCACACCAGAACGGAGACGUGUUUACAAAUGUGAUUACGAAGGAUGUGGCAAAAACUACUUCAAAUCGUCACAUUUAAAAGCCCACACUCGUACUCACACAGGAGAACGUCCGUUUGUAUGCCAAUGGGAACAAUGUGGUCGACGAUUUUCACGUUCCGAUGAAUUAUCACGGCAUAAACGUACCCACACCGGUGAAAAGAAAUUUGGAUGCCCAGUGUGUCAGCGACGUUUCAUGCGUUCUGAUCAUUUAGCCAAACAUGUUAAAAGACAUUCAAAGGAGCGACCAAAUUCAACAAUGCGAUCAGUCAAUAACACUACAGCCGCCGCCCCCACACAGCGAUAUAACCUUGUACAGGCUGUUAUUCGUCCAUUACAACCAUCUCAGUCGUAAAAAAAACUCAUCAUUCAUUCUCAAGGACAAAAAAAUUUGCAUUUUUAAAUUGUUCAUUUGUUUUUAAUUUUGGAACAUUCCAAAAUUGUUUUUUGUUCAUUUUAUUUAUUUUUAUAAAUUUUUGUAAUACCUGUGAUCAAAAACACUAUACUACAAAAGUGUUGACAUCAUCAUAUACUGGACUAAACAAAGAGAGUAUUAUAUAUUUUUCAUAUAAUCUAUCUUUGUUUGAAUUUAGUAGUUA